CAGUAGGAACUUGGGUGGGUUGUAGACACAGGGAGAGAGACUGAUGUUGAUUGUGAAGGAUGGAGGUUAUUGCUUCACAGCAGGACAAUAACUAGAGAGGGAGAUCUAGACUAUCAGCUCGCUAGUCUCUUGUAAAUCACUUUGGACCUGUUCCAAUGGCUGGAGAAACACACAGCACUGGGAUUGAGAACUGCCCAGCUAUAAACCCACGCCAUCUGAGAGAACAAAGAUGUCCCAGGGCUGAGUUUUUAGAUGAAGAUGAAGACGGACGGAAGCGCCGGAUCAAGAAAAAUGUGGGGGACCCAACCAUUGUGAAGUCCCCCAGUGAUCACAAAGAAUACCGGUUUAUUCAGUUAAAAAAUGGCUUGAAUGCACUGUUGAUUUCUGAUCUAACUGUUGAUGACUGCAAUUCUUCUGAAACAUCAGAAGAGGAACGAGAGGAACAGAUGUCCUCUGAAAAUGAUACAGAUGAGGAAGCAGACCCCGUUGCAGGAAAAGAUAGUAGUAAUGAAGAUGAGGAAAAAGAUGGGAAUGGAGAAGAAUUUGGAGAUGGAUCUGGAGGGGGAGAAGCUGGCAGUGAUGCAACCAUUGAAGAUUUUGGUGGAGAAGUACUUGACGCUGCUGUUGGAAAUGUACGAAGAAGGGGAACACUGCAUGAGGACCCAGAUAUAUAUGAAGAACUGGUGAAACAAGAAGAUGCAAAUAAGAUGGGCAGUACAGAAAAACAGUCUGCAGCUGCCCUUGCUGUUUGUGUUGGCAGUUUCUGCGAUCCGGAUGACUUACCUGGAUUAGCUCAUUUUUUGGAACAUAUGGUAUUUAUGGGUAGCCAGAAAUACCCAGAUGAAAAUGGAUUUGAUACAUUCCUAAAGAAGCAUGGGGGCUCAGACAAUGCUUCAACAGAUACGGAGCGAACUGUCUUCCAGUUUGAUAUCCAGAAGAAGUAUUUUAAAGAAGCACUUGACAGAUGGGCUCAGUUCUUCAUUCACCCCUUGAUGAUUAAGGAUGCAAUUAACCGUGAAGUUGAAGCUGUGGAUAGUGAAUAUCAAAUAGCAAGGCCUUCUGAUGCUAACAGAAGGGAAUUGCUGCUUGGAAGCCUUGCAAAGCCAGGACAUCCUAUGAGAAAAUUCUUUUGGGGCAAUGCAGAGACACUUAAACAUAUGCCGAAGAAGAACAAAAUUGACACCUAUGCAAGACUGAGGGACUUCUGGAAACGUCACUAUUCUGCUCACUACAUGAAUCUUGUUGUUCAGUCAAGAGAGACCUUGGAUACUUUGGAAAAAUGGGUGACUGAAAUCUUCUCACACAUCCCAAAUAAUGGAUUACCCAGACCAACUUUUAGCCAUCUGAAGGAGCCAUUUGACACACCUGAAUUCCACAAACUUUACAAAGUUAUUCCAGUGAAAGAAAUUCAUUCACUGAGCAUCUCCUGGGCUCUUCCCCCACAAGAAAAGAAUUAUAGGGUUAAGCCUCUUCAUUACAUCUCCUGGCUGGUAGGACAUGAAGGCAAAGGCAGUGUGCUCUCCCUUCUCAGAAAAAAGUUUUGGGCUAUUGCAUUAUAUGGUGGAAAUGGUGAAACAGGAUUUGAACAAAAUUCCAUCUAUUCUAUCUUCAGCAUUUCUGUGACAUUAACAGAUGAAGGUUUGGAGCAUUUCUAUGAGGUUAUCCAUAUUAUAUUCCAGUACUUGAAGAUGUUGCAAAAAAAUGGUCCUGAAAAAAGGAUAUGGCAAGAAAUUCAGAAGAUUGAAGGCAAUGAAUUUUGCUUCCAGGAACAGACUGACCCUCUUGAGUAUGUAGAAAACAUUUGUGAAUAUAUGCACAUUUUUCAGAAAGAGGACUUAUUGAUAGGAGAUCAACUGCUAACUGAGUAUAACCCUCAAAUCAUUGCAGAUGCCCUUAAUCAUCUUGUUCCUCAAAGAGUUAAUCUUUUCCUGUUAUCUCCCGCCCAUGAGGGGUUAUGUCACUUGAAAGAAAAAUGGUUCGGGACAAAGUACUAUGUCUCAGAUAUUGAUGAAUAUUGGAAAAGGUUGUGGGACACUGAUUUUGAGUUAAAUCCAGAGUUACAUCUGCCUGAAGAAAACAGAUAUAUAGCAACUGAUUUUUCUGUCAAGAAAUCAAGCACCAGUGCCACAGAAUAUCCUAAAAAAAUAAUGGAAUCACGUCAAGGUUGUCUCUGGUACAAAGAGGACAAUAAGUUUGGCGUCCCCAAAGCAUUUAUCUGUUUCUAUCUGGUGUCCCCACUGAUACAAGAAUCCGCACUGAAUAUGGUCCUUUUUGAUACUUUCAUAAGCAUCCUUAGCCACAACCUUGCUGAACCAGCAUAUGAAGCAGAUGUUGCCCAACUGGAAUACAAAGUCAUAGCCAAGGAGCAUGGCAUGACCAUCCGAGUGAAAGGAUUUAACCAUAAACUACCUCUGCUCUUCCAACUUGUAAUUGAUCACUUGUCUGACCUCAGUAUCACACCUUCAGCUUUCCAGAUGAUAACCGAGCAGCUUAAAAAGACAUAUUUUAACUAUCUUAUCAAAACAGAUACCCUGGCAAAAGAUCUACGACUCUCAAUACUAGAGCACGGCAGAUGGUCUUUAAUAGAGAAGUACCAGACUGUUACUAAUGGCAUUUCCCUUGAAUCAAUGCUCGAAUUUGUAAAAGCUUUCAAAUCACAUCUAUGGGUAGAAGGACUUGUCCAAGGAAAUUUUACAAACUAUGAAUCAAAGCAGUUUAUGAAUUAUAUUGCUCAAAAAUUGCGCUUCCUUCCUCUAAUUCACCGAUGUCCUAUUCAGUUCCGGGUGAUAGAACUGCCAAACACUCACAUCCUGUGUAAAGUGAAGUCCCUUCACAAAGGUGAUCCAAAUUCUGAUGUUACAGUCUACUAUCAGAUAGGUGCGAAACAUUUAAGAGACUAUACACUCAUGGAAUUGCUCGUGAUUCACAUGGAGGAGCCAUGCUUUGACUUCCUGCGAACCAAGAAUACACUGGGCUACCAUGUAUACCCUUCCACAAGAAACACAUCUGGCAUCCUGGGUUUUUCAAUUACCGUAGUAACACAGGCAAGCAAAUAUAACACUGAGUUAGUUGACAGAAAAAUAGAAGAUUUUCUAUCUCAAUUUGAAGAAAAGCUUCGGCACUUAUCAGAAGAAGAAUUCCUUGCUCAGGUCUCAGCUCUGAUAAAGCUUAAGCAAACCGAUGACUCCCACCUUGGUGAAGAGGUAGACAGAAACUGGAACGAAGUGAUUACUCAGCAGUAUUUGUUUGACAGACUUGCUCGAGAGAUUGUAUGCCUCAAGAGUCUUACCAGAUCACAUUUGCUUAAUUGGUUUCUAACAUUCAGAGGCAAAGGCAAAAGAAUUUUGAGUACCCAUGUGGUUGGAUACGGUAAACAAGAAGGAGACUUAGAUGUCCCACAUGCCUCCAUUGUUCAGGAAUCUUUGUUUGGCAAAACACCUGAGCUAACAUUUUUACCCUCUUCUCCUCAGUUAAAUUUACCUUCUAUUAUGGACAUCCGAGCUUUCAUCUCCACUCUUGACAUUCUUCCUUACCACAAGAUACUGAAGUAAACUUUUG